AUGGUCUACUCCCUAAUCACCACAGUACGGAAGUUAGUCCCAUACUUCCAAGCCCACCCCGUAGAAGUGCUCACAGACCAACCACUUGCCGGCAUCCUGAGGAGCCACACCUCCUCUGGUCGAAUGGUGAAAUGGGCUAUGGAGUUGACCCAAUAUGGGAUUGAGUACAAACCCCGACCCUUCAUCAAGGCACAGGCCCUGGCCGGUUUCAUCGUGGAAUGUACAGCAAGAGACCAAAGGGGGAGGACAAGUGAUUUCAGCCAGAAUACCUGGUGGGAAAUGAGUGCAGACGGAGCAGCCAGCACCAAACACUGUGGAGGGGGAAUCAUGCUAACGUCACCAGAAGGAUUCAAAGUAUACUAUGCCCUAGAAUACCAGUUCAAAGCAUCGAACAACGAGGCAGAAUAUGAAGUAGUGAUCGGAGGCAUACGGCUUGCGACCGCCCUUGGAGCACGUAACCUUCGCAUUCGAACAGACUCACGACUUGUUGUAGGACAAAUCAAAGGCACCUUCGAGACUAGAGGGGAAAACUUGAGGAUGUACAAGGAUGUUACUGAAGGAUUGCUGGGAAAGUUGAACGCUUACGAAAUACAACACGUGCCCCGCACGGAAAACAUGGAAGCCGACCUACUCUCGAAGAUCUCCCUGGGAGGUACCCCAGGACACUUAGCUCACAUAUGCAAGAGAGAGAUCAUCCACGCGCCCAGUACAGAAUCCCUCUUGAUCGCAAUGGUAGCCCCAGUAGGCAUCCAAUCUCCGGAUAGCUGGAUAGGAGAUCUAACCAGAUACAUCACGAAUGCAGAACUUCCGUCUGAUCCUGUACAGGCCGCAAAAGUCAAGCGAAGGGCCCCAGCCUACCAAUUGGCAGACAACCAGCUGUACAAAAGAUCCUUCGGAGGACCCCUACUAAAAUACCUCCCACCAAGCGAAGCCAAGCAAGUAAUUGAGGAAGCCCACAGCGGGAUAUGUGCAGCUCACCAGGGAGCGAACACCCUGGCCAGAAAAUUACUGGUCCAAGGAUAUUACUGGCCCAGCAUGACACAAGAUUGCAUCCAAAGGAUUCAAAGUUGUCAUACUUGUCAAAAGUUUGCAGAAAAGCAAAACCGACCGGCCACCUUCUACACACCGGUCACCACAGCCAUACCCUUCGCUAAGUGGGGUGUAGACCUCCUAGGACCGCUACCCCAAGCGCCAGGGCGCCACAAGUUCUGCAUAGUCGCCAUUGACUACUUCACUAAGUGGAUCGAAGCUGAACCAUUAGUAACCAUCACCGAAUACCAGUUUUGCAAAUUCCUGUGGAAGAAAGUGAUCUGCCGUUUUGGCCUGCCUGAGCAUCUCUCACUGAUAAUGGCCGACAGUUCGAUUGCAAGGACUUCGCAGAAUUCUGUGAAAAUUAUUCUAUCAAGCACACCAAGGUAUCGGUGGCAUACCCCCAGGCAAACGGGCAAGUAG